AUGACUACUGUCAGAAGAAGACCUCUAAAGGUAUUGACAGAUAGUGAAGAUGAUCAAUCAGAGCCAAGACAAAGAAGAGAUUUACGCUUGACACAUAAAAAAGAAUCAGAGCCUAUAAAGGAAGAAAAAGAUAAACAGUAUGAAGGCUUUUCACAUGUAUUACCCAUUCAUACUGUCACAAAGGCAUCUGUCUUAUCCAAGGAAGCUCCCCCAGAGAACUAUAGUGGCUUUUUAAGAUUAGGCAUGCUUGUGCUGGGUGCAAGUAACAUUCGAUUAAUCAUUGAAAAUUGGAUGAAAUAUGGUCUAUUGAUUCGAUUACCACACAGCUAUAUACCUAUCAAGGAUUACUUCUUCUUUUUUUUUGCUUGGUUAUGUGUUCCUCUAAGCAUUUUUAUUUCAUACAUUAUAGAAUCUGCUAUGGGGAAACUUGCUUUAUUAGCAAAGGAUGAUAAACCUGAAUUCAUAAAGAAAUUGGCUCUUUAUGAAAGGGUCUUGGCUAUCACUCAUAUAUCCCAUUUGGUAUUCUUGCUUACAUUCCCCUCUUAUCUCGUCUAUACUCGCAUCUAUCAUCCAUUAGUUGGUUCAGCCGUCAUAUUUAUUUGCCUUAUCACAUUUCUAAAACUCACAUCCUUUGUUCUCGUCAAUCGCGAAUUACGUCAAGCUUAUCUUCAGAGCAAGACCAUUGACUUUUACGAAGAGAGUUACCCAAACAACGUGAAUGUGAAAAAUUUGCUCUAUUUUUACUUUGCGCCUACGCUGUGUUACCAAGUAUCUUAUCCUCGAACACCAACAUUCCGAACAACCUUCUUUCUGAAACGUGUAGGUGAAUUCGUCACUUGCUUGGUCAUGAUGUAUGUCCUGACCGAGCAAUACGCCAAACCAACCUUGGCCAACUCGAUUCAAGCCCUCGAGAACAUGAACUUUGUAACCAUCGUUGAGCGUGUCUUGAAACUGUCAACAACUGCUGUGGUCAUCUGGCUGCUGAUGUUUUAUGCUCUCUUUCAUGCUUUUUUGAAUGCCCUGAGUGAAGUAUUGCGGUUUGGUGAUCGUACGUUUUAUCUCGCCUGGUGGAACUCGGGCAACUUGGCUACUUACUGGCGAUUAUGGAAUCGUCCAGUUUAUCUUUUUUUCAAGCGUCAUGUCUAUAUACCCUCAGUUCAGCUCGGUAUGCCCCCAGCCCUCUGUCAAUUUAUUGUCUUUUUUGUCUCGGCCGUCUUGCAUGAAUUCUUAGUAGGUAUCCCUACUCACUCGAUCACCGGAUUUGCCUUUUGGGGUAUGCUUGGUCAGAUUCCCCUGAUCGCCAUUACGCGUCCUUUGGAAAAAUGGAGAGGAAAAGGAACAGCAUUAGGCAAUACUAUCUUUUGGAUUGUGUUUUGUGUUGUCGGACAACCCACGAUAGCAUUAUUGUAUUACUACCAGUGGACAGUCACUCAUAAAAUUACUACAUCCACUUGA